AGAAUAACGCAUGCAUAACGCUUUUUACUUGCAGAGACUUUCUAUUUUACAUUAGCGCUCCGAGAAUCCGUGCGACGAAUCCGCAGUGCUCCCUGAAAACGGAGGUCGUGUGCGAUCGUUCCGAGCCGGUCAUCACGUUCAGUCUUCAGUCAGGUGAAAAAGUAGUGUUAAAAACGGCCCUUUUGACAAGCCUGAACGUUUUGGAGCUUUACAACAAGCACAUCACUAGUCUGAUUCCGCCCGAUCCGGCUGUGGUCGAGGCUAAAAAAGCGCUCGAGGAAGAGAAGAGAAAGAAGAAAAAGCGACCGCACCAUAAAAGAAAAUUAUACAGCAAGCGUAGAGGAGUGAUACUCUAAUUUAAUUGGCAACUUAUUGGACCGCUUAUGAUUGGUAAUAAAUCAAAUUGUGUUUA